UUUCACCUUUCUUCUGGUUCAAUCCAAGAAAAGGAAAGGAUUUCAAAGUAAACACUGAAAUGAGAAAGAAUUCACUGGGAGUCGAGUUCAUCAAACUAAGUUAAAAUACCUAAACCAUCCUGACAGGUGCCUGGCCCAGAGAAGGAGCAUAUAUUUCCUCAUCAUGCUACAACAUUUCAUAAUUUUUUUUCUUGGCUUGGUUGUACAAAAUUUCUGCUCCCCAGCUGAAACUACAAGGCAGGCAAAAAGAUGCGAUAAGAAGUCUCUUCUAACAAUUAGGACCCAGUGCCGAUCCUGCUCGCUCAACUUUGAAGUCAAGUGCCCAGACGGUUACACCAAGAUUACCAAUGGCUCUGUAGGGGUUCGAGAUUGCAGGUACACCUUUGAGGUCAGGACAUAUUCUCUGUCUCUCCCCGGAUGCCGCCAUAUUUGUAGGAAGGAAUAUCUCCAACCUCAAUGUUGCCCAGGCCACUGGGGUCCAGACUGCAUGGAGUGCCCAGGAGGAGCGGGGUCCCCCUGCAACGGCAGGGGCAGUUGUGCUGAAGGCAUGGAAGGAAACGGAACCUGUUCCUGCCAAGAAGGGUUUGGUGGAACAGCCUGUGAAACCUGUGCUGACGACAACUUAUUCGGAUCCAGCUGUUCCUCAGUGUGCAACUGUGUGCAUGGGGUGUGCAACAGUGGAGUAGAUGGUGAUGGAACCUGUGAGUGCUACUCUGCAUACACUGGCCCCAACUGUGACAAGCCCAUCAAUCCAUGUUUACAAAAAAUCUGCCACCCUCACGCUCAUUGCACGUACCUGGGACCAAACCGGCACAGUUGUACAUGCCAAGAAGGCUACCGCGGGGAUGGCCAAGUGUGCUUGCCGGUGGACCCCUGCCAAGCUAACUUCGGAAACUGCCCUAUGAAGUCAACGGUGUGCAAGUACGAUGGGCCUGGACAGUCUCACUGUGAGUGUAAGGAUCACUACCACAAUUUCGUACCUGGAGUGGGGUGCAGUUUAACCAAUAUCUGUGAAUCAAAUAACCCGUGUCACAGGAACGCAAACUGUACCACCAUCGCACCAGGACAAACCGAAUGCACUUGCCAGAAAGGUUAUGUGGGCGAUGGCUCAACAUGUUAUGGGAACAUCAUGGAGCGACUCAGAGAAUUAAACACUGAACCCGGAGGACAAUGGCAAGGGAGGCUGACCUCUUUCAUCUCGCUCCUGGACAAAGCUUAUGCCUGGCCACUAAGUAACCUGGGACCAUUCACGGUGCUGUUGCCCACAGACAAGGGAUUGAAAGGAUUUGAUGUAAAUGAGCUUUUGAUGGAUAACAAAGCUGCUCAAUACUUUGUGAAACUCCACAUAAUUGCGGGGCAGAUGAACAUCGAGCGUAUGAAUAACACAGACACCUUCUACACCUUGACUGGAAAGUCCGGGGAAAUCUUCAACAAUGAUAAGGAUAAUCAACUAAAGCUUAAACUCUAUGGAGGCAACAAGAUGGUAAAAAUUAUGCAGGGGGACAUAAUUGCUUCCAAUGGGCUCCUGCACAUCCUGGACAGAGCCAUGGACAAGAUAGCGCCCACGUUUGAGAGCAACACUGAGCAAACUGUCAUGACAAUGCUACAACCAAGAUACAACAAGUUCAGAUCUUUGUUAGAGGAAACCAAUGUGGGACAUGCCUUAGAUGAGGAUGGAGUUGGUGGACCAUACACCAUUUUUGUUCCAAGUAAUGAAGCAUUGAAUAACAUGGACAGCACUCUCGAUUACCUCCUUUCUCCAGAGGGAUCUCGGAAGCUCCUGGAACUUGUCAGAUACCACAUUGUCCCAUUUACCCAGCUUGAAGUGGCCACUCUCAUCUCAACCCCUCGCGUUCGGAGCAUGGCCAACCAGGUCAUACAGUUCAACACCACUGACAACGGACAGCUUCUGGCAAAUGGCGUGGCCAUGGAGGAAAUUGAGGUUGCUGCCAAAAAUGGCCGAAUCUACACACUGGCCGGAGUUCUCAUUCCCCCGUCCAUUGUGCCAAUUCUGCCCCAUCGGUGUGAUGAAACAAAGAGAGAAAUGAAACUGGGCACCUGCGUGAGCUGUUCCCUGGUGCACUGGAGCAAAUGUCCUGCUAACUCGGAGCCCACAGCACUCUUCACACACAGAUGUGUCUACAGGAAAAGGAGCCUAAAGAGUGGCUGUGCCCGGUACUGUAAUGCCACCAUGAAGAUACCAAAGUGCUGCAAAGGUUUCUAUGGGCCCGACUGCAGCCAGUGUCCAGGAGGCUUCUCGAAUCCAUGCUCGGGAAAUGGGCAGUGCGCAGACAGCCUCGGUGGCAAUGGGACGUGCAUUUGCAAGGAUGGCUUCCAAGGCUCCCAGUGUCAGUUCUGCUCCGAUCCCAAUAAAUAUGGACCUCAGUGUGACAAAAAAUGUCUGUGUGUUCACGGAACAUGUGAUAACAGGAUAGACAGCGACGGGGCCUGCCUCACCGGCACAUGCAGAGACGGCUCCGCCGGGAGACUCUGUGACAAGCAGACCUCAGCCUGUGGGCCCUACGUUCAGUUCUGUCACAUCCAUGCCACCUGUGCAUACAGCAAUGGGACAGCCAGCUGCAUUUGCAAAGCAGGCUAUGAAGGAGAUGGAACUGUGUGUUCUGAGAUGGGUCCUUGCUCAGGAUUAACCCCAGGAGGCUGUAGCCGCAAUGCAGCGUGCAUCAAGACUGGCGCGGGCACCCACACCUGCGUGUGUCAGCAGGGGUGGACAGGGAACGGGAGGGACUGCGUGGAGAUCAACAACUGCCUGCUGCCCGGCGCAGGCGGCUGCCACGACAACGCGACCUGUUUGUACGUAGGCCCCGGGCAGAAUGAGUGUGAGUGCAAGAAAGGAUUUCGAGGAAAUGGGAUUGACUGUGAACCAAUAACUACAUGUCUGGAACAAACUGGAAAAUGUCAUCCAUUGGCAAGCUGUCAGUUUACUUCUGGUGUCUGGAGCUGUGUUUGUCAAGAGGGCUACGAAGGAGAUGGCCUCCUGUGCUAUGGAAAUGCAGCAGUGGUGCUGCUCCCCCGAAGAGGUCUAACUGGCUCCUUACCAAACCUGCUCACCCGGCUGGAGCAGAUGCCCGACUACUCCAUCUUCCGCGGCUACAUCAUUCAAUAUAACCUGGCGAAUGCCAUCGAGGCAGCCGAUGCUUACACAGUGUUUGCUCCGAACAAUGAUGCCGUCGAGAAUUACAUCAGGGAGAAGAAGGUCGCAACUCUAGAUGCUUCUCUGCAACCCACACUGUCAGUCGCCUCAAACCUCACGGUCCUCGUGCCUUCCCAACAAGCUACUGAGGACAUGGACCAAGACGAGAAAACCUUUUGGUUGUCACAGAGCAAUAUUCCAGCCCUGAUAAAGUACCAUACACUACUAGGCACAUACAGAGUGGCAGAUCUGCAGACCCUAUCAUCUUCUGACAUGCUGGCGACAUCUUUGCAAGGCAACUUCCUUCACCUGGCAAAGGUGGACGGGAAUAUCACAAUCGAAGGUGCGUCCAUCGUGGACGGUGACAACGCAGCCACAAAUGGAGUGAUACACGUCAUCGACAAGGAGGAGGACGUGCUCCGGUACCACGUGGUCCUGCGGGAGACACUCCUCAAGAACGACCUGCACAACGGCAUGCACCGGGAGACCAUGCUGGGUUUCUCCUACCGCCUGGGCUUCUUUCUCCGCAGUGGGCAGCUCUAUGUAAAUGAGGCUCCAGUAAACUACACCAACAUAGCCACUGACAAGGGAGUGAUCCAUGGCUUGGGGAAAGUUCUGGAAAUUCAGAAGAAUAGAUGUGAUAAUAAUGACACCACUAUCAUACGAGGAAAAUGUGGCAAGUGUCCCCAGCAGCCGAUCUGCCCAUUUGGAACUAAACCACUAGGUGAUGAGAUGAGGAAAUGCAUCUAUACCUUUUAUUUCAUGGGAAAACGAUCCGUAGCCAUUGGGUGCCAGCCAAAAUGUGUGAGAACUGUCAUUACAAGGGAGUGCUGUGCUGGUUUCUUUGGGCCUCAGUGCCAGCCCUGCCCAGGGAAAGCCCAGAACUCCUGCUUCGGUAACGGCAUCUGCUUGGAUGGCAUAAAUGGCACGGGCGUGUGUGAGUGUGGGGUGGGCUUCAGUGGCACCGCCUGUGAGACCUGCGCCGAGGGCAAGUACGGCAUCCACUGCGACCAAGUGUGUCCUUGCGUCCAUGGGAGAUGCAACCAGGGACCCUCGGGUGACGGCUCCUGUGAAUGUGACGUUGGCUGGCGCGGAGUGAAAUGUGACAGUGCGAUCACAAAAGACAACUGCAAUGGGACGUGCCACACCAGCGCCAACUGCCUUCUCGAUCCAGAUGGCACAGCCUCGUGCAAAUGCGCGGCAGGAUUCCGAGGGAACGGGACAGUCUGCACAGCAAUCAACGCCUGCGAGAUCAGCAACGGAGGGUGCUCUGCCAAGGCUGACUGUAAAAGAACCACCCCGGGAAGGCGGACCUGUGUGUGCAGGGCGGGCUACACGGGCGACGGCAUCGUGUGCCUGGAAAUCAACCCAUGUUUGGAGAACCACGGUGGCUGUGACAGGAACGCAGAGUGCACGCAAACGGGACCCAACCAGGCCGUGUGUAACUGUCUGCCGACGUACACCGGAGAUGGGAAGGUCUGCAGCCUCAUAAAUGUCUGCUUAAUCAAAAACGGUGGCUGUAGUGAAUUUGCCAUCUGCAAUCACACUGGACGAGAAAGGACUUGUACUUGCAAGCCAAACUACAUUGGAGAUGGAUUUACCUGCCGUGGCAGCAUCUAUCAGGAGCUUCCUAAGGACCCGAAAACCUCCCAGUAUUUCUUCCAGUUGCAGGAGCAUUUCCUGAAAGACCUGGCCGGCCCAGGCCCCUUCACGGUUUUCACACCUUCAUCUGCAGCCUUUGAUGAGGAAGCCCAGAUUAAGGACUGGGACAAACAGGGCCUGAUUCCCCAGAUUCUUCGGUACCAUGUGAUCGCCUGCCACCAGCUGCUUCUGGAAAACCUGAAAAUGACCCCAAAUGCUACUUCCCUCCAAGGGGAGCCGAUUGUCAUCUCUGUCUCUCAGGGUACAGUGUAUAUAAAUAAUAAGGCUAAGAUCAUAUCCAGUGAUAUCAUCAGUACUAAUGGAAUCAUCCAUAUCAUAGACAGAUUGCUGUCUCCCAAACACUUGCUUAUCACUCCCAAAGACACUUCUGGAAGGAUUUUGCAAAAUCUUACGACAGUGGCAAUAAACCAUGGCUACACCAAAUUUAGCAACUUAAUACAGGACUCAGGCCUGCUGAGCAUGAUCACGGACCCCAUCCACACCCCGGUCACUCUCUUCUGGCCCACGGACCAAGCCCUCCAAGCCCUCCCCUCUGAACAACAGGAUUUCCUGUUCAACCAGGACAACAAGGACAAGCUGAGGGAGUAUUUGAAAUUCCAUGUGAUCCGAGAUUCUAAGGUUUUAGCCGUGGACCUUCCCAGAUCUGCCUGGAAGACACUGCAAGGAUCUGAGCUGAGUGUGACGUGUGGAGCUGGCAGUGACAUUGGAGAGCUCUUUCUAAACGGCCAAACAUGCAGAAUUGUGCAGCGGGAGCUCUUGUUUGACCUGGGCGUGGCCUAUGGCAUUGACUGUCUGCUGAUUGAUCCCACCCUGGGCGGCCACUGUGACAUUUUCACUACUUUCGAUGUCUCGGGGGAUUGUGGGAGCUGUAUCAAUACUCCCAGCUGCCCAAGGUGGAGUAAACCAAAGGGUGUGAAGCAGAAGUGUCUCUACAACCUGCCCUUCAAGAGGAACCUGGAAGGCUGCCGGCAGCAGUGCAGCCUGGUGAUACAGCUCCCCAAGUGCUGCAAGGGCUACUUCGGGAGAGACUGUCAGGCCUGCCCUGGAGGACCGGAGACCCCGUGUAAUAACAGGGGUGUCUGCCUCGAUCACUACUCGGCCACCGGAGAGUGUAAAUGCAACACCGGCUUCAACGGGACAGCGUGCGAGCUGUGCUGGCCGGGGAGAUUCGGGCCUGACUGUCAGCCCUGUGGCUGCUCGGACCACGGACGGUGCGACGAUGGCAUCACAGGCUCCGGGCAGUGCCUCUGUGAAACGGGGUGGACAGGCCGCUUCUGUGACACCCAGGCAGCUCUGCCCCCCGUGUGCACACCUCCUUGUUCUGCUCAUGCCACCUGUAAGGAGAACAACACGUGUGAGUGUAACCUGAACUAUGAAGGUGACGGAAUCACGUGCACAGUUGUGGAUUUCUGCAGACAGAGCAACGGGGGCUGUGCGAAGGCUGCCAAGUGCUCACAGAAGGGCACGAAAGUGUCCUGCAGCUGCCAGAAGGGCUACAAAGGGGACGGCCACAGCUGCACAGAGAUAGACCCCUGCGCGGAUGGCCUCAAUGGGGGGUGUCACGAGCAUGCCACCUGCAAGAUGACAGGCCCGGGCAAGCACAAGUGCGAGUGUAAAAGUCACUACGUGGGGGACGGGCUGGACUGUGAGCCGGAGCAGCUGCCCAUCGACCGAUGCCUGCAGGACAACGGGCAGUGCCACGCGGAUGCUGACUGCGCUGACCUCCACUUCCAGGAUACCACCAUGGGGGUGUUCCAUCUACGCUCCCCACUGGGCCAGUACAAGCUGACCUUUGACAAAGCCAGAGAGGCCUGUGCCAACGAAGCUGCGACCAUGGCAACAUACAACCAGCUCUCCUAUGCCCAGAAGGCCAAGUACCACCUCUGUUCAGCAGGCUGGCUGGACAGCGGGCGGGUUGCCUACCCCACCGCCUUCGCCUCCCAGAACUGUGGCUCGGGUGUUGUCGGGAUAGUGGACUAUGGACCUAGACCCAACAAGAGUGAAAUGUGGGAUGUCUUCUGCUAUCGCAUGAAAGAUGUGAACUGCACCUGCAAGGUGGGCUACGUGGGAGAUGGCUUCUCGUGUAGCGGGAACCUGCUGCAGGUCCUGAUGUCCUUCCCCUCACUCACGGACUUCCUGAAGGACGUGCUGGCCUAUUCCAACAGCUCGGCCAGAGGCCGGGCGUUUCUGGAACACCUGACUGACCUGUCCAUCCGUGGCACCCUCUUUGCGCCACAGAACAGCGGGCUGGAGGGAAGUGAGACCCUGUCUGGGCGGGACAUCGAGCACCACCUCUCCAAUGUCAGCAUGUUUUCCUACAGCGACCUUGUCAACGGUACCACCCUGCAAACGAGGCUGGGAAGCCAGCUUCUCAUCACCUCCAGCCAGGACCCGCUCCAUCUGAAGGAGACCAGGUUUGUGGAUGGAAGAGCCAUUCUGCAGUGGGACAUCUUUGCCUCCAAUGGAAUCAUUCAUGUAAUUUCCAGGCCUUUAAAAGCACCCCCCGCCCCAGUGACUUCGACCCACCCUGGCCUGGUAAUAGGGAUGGUCCUUGCCGUCUUCCUGGUCACUGGAGCCAUUGCUUUUGCUGCUCGUUCUUACUUUCGGCUAAACCGGAGAACAAUUGGCUUCCAGCAUUUUGAGUCGGAAGAGGAUAUUGAUGUUCCAGCUCUUGGCAAGCAGCAGCCUGAGAACGUUUCGAACCCCAUGUACGAGAGCACAACCUCAGCUCCCUCAGAACCUUCCUAUGACCCCUUCGCGGACUGUGGUGAGCAGCAGCUCGAGAGCAGCGACCCCCUGGGGGCGCUGUGAGGGCCUGGACGUAGAAGUUGGCCGUCACCCACCGCCCUCAGGGCCCACAGAGCCUCCUCACCCAGACCGUCCACUGUGAAUUCUCAGCACCAGCUGCCUUUGGGGAAUGCAAGGUCCUCUGACGUUUUAAAGUGCAAAGCGCUCAAAAGCCGUACCUCAUCUCUUUGGUUAAUCUGGGAGUUCUGUUUCUGUGGGUGCGGGGUCAUGUUACUAUGUCCACCCAGGGGGACUUCUCCCUCCUCCGACCCUCCGCUGUUCUUCCUUUGCACCUUCGGGGGGCAACUUGCCACAUUCUGCCCUACACCAUGGGUAACUGUGAUCUUGUCUUCCUUCCCUGUUAGAUUGUAAGCUCCCGGAGGCAGGGCCUUGCCUCGUUUGUCUUUGUAUCUCAGCCCCUAGCCCAGUGCCUGGCACGGGAAAUGUGCUCAAUAAAUG